UCCGCUUCCGUCUUGCCCAAGUUCUGCUCCAGCGAAGUGCUUGCAGCGAAAAGACCCACAAGCCAAAAAAGCUCAAGAAGUCAAGACACCCCGACGAGAAGAAACCCUAGUUCCUGGAGCUCCACCUCCGCGCUGCCGAACUCGAGCGAGAACCCAAAAUGCCGUUCGUCUCGCAGAUACAGAGGCAGACCGAUUACGGGCUCUUCCCGUCCGCCACUCCCAUCGUCAUCGACAAUGGCGCUUCCUCUUUCCGCAUUGGGUGGGCAGGAGAGGACGACCCUCGCGUCAUUUUCCGGAACAUUGUUCAGAGGCCUCGACACAAGGCUACUGGUGAGACUGUUACUGUUGUCGGCGACCAUGAUCCUGCUUUGAUGAAGUACUUCGAUUGCACUCGCUCUGGGCCGCGCUCUGCUUUUGAUAGCAACGUCGUUUAUCAGUUUGAAAUAAUGGAAUAUAUUUUUGAUUUUGGCUUUGAUCGCUUGGGAGCAAAUGGUCCAGAGAUUGAUCAUCCUGUCCUGAUCACAGAAUGUGUGUGCAAUCCUGUCUAUUCUCGCAGUAAAAUGGCAGAACUUCUUUUUGAGACUUAUGGAGUUCCAUCAGUAGCAUUUGGCGUGGAUGCUGCAUUCAGCUAUAAAUACAAUCAGCAGCUUGGUAUCUGUGCUAGGGAUGGUCUUGCAAUCUCCCCAGGGUUUACAACUACUCAUGUUAUUCCAUUUGUGGAUGGAGAAGCAGUUUAUAAAGGUGCCUGCAGAACAAAUGUCGGUGGUUAUCAUGUGACUGAUUAUUUCAAGCAACUCCUUUCUCUCAAGCAUCCUCAUCACAUGACAAGGUUUACUUGGGAAAAGGUUGAAGACCUGAAAAUGGAGCACUGUUAUAUUGCGCCAGACUAUGCUUUGGAAACUCAACUGUUUCAGAAAGGGACAAAAGAAGCUGAAGACAAGACCAGGUGUUGGCAGCUUCCUUGGGUCCCACCGGUAGUUGAAGAAGGACCUUCAGAAGAAGAGUUGGCUAGAAGGGCAGCUAUUAGGGAGAGACAAGGUCAACGUUUGCGUGAAAUGGCUGAAGCAAAGAGAUCUUCUAGGAUCAAUGAACUGGAAAAUGAAUUGAGAGGGUUGGCUUUUCUCUUAAAGCAGCUUGAACAAGUAGGAGAGGAAGACGUGCCAUCUUUCUUGUCAGAGACUGGUUAUACAUCAAAGCAGGAAAUAGAAUCUGCCCAUGCUAAAGCAACACAAUCUCUUCGAAAGGCAAAAGGGGAGCCAAAGGCUGACCAAGUUGAAUCUGAUGAGAAAAUAGACCCUUCUGCCGAUGAAAAGUUCUCUCUUCUCAAUGUACCUGACAACAUGCUUUCUGCUGAGCAGUUGAAGGAAAAGAAGCGGCUGAAUUUUCUUAAAACCACUACUGAGGGGCGGCAGCGAGCCAAACAGAAGCGCAUGGAAGAGGAACUAGAACGGGAAAGGAAAAAUCGUGAAGAUGAAGAAAAACGCUUAGCGAAUCCAGGGCUUUAUCUAGAACAGUUGCAUGUCAAAUACAAAGAGCUUAGUGAGAAAGUGGAACAACGUAAACGUCUUAAGACAAAUGGUGGCAAUACAAAUGGGAAUAAUCUGUCUGGAGGUGUUGGUCGUGGUGAGAGAUUGAAUGCAGCUCAGAGGGAAAGGAUGCGCCUUCUUACAACUGCUGCAUUUGAUCGGGGAAAAGGUGAAGAUACUUUUGGUGCCAAGGAUGAAGAUUGGCAACUUUAUAAACUUAUGAGCAAAGAUAAUGAUGACGACGAUGAUGAACACGAUCCAGAAGAAGCUGAGCUAACCCGAAUCUCAUCUAGGCUUCAGGAGAUCGACCCAACUUUUAUUCCCAAGGCGGAAUCAGGAACUUCCCAACAAGUUGUUGAGGUCCCCAAAUUCCGUCCUCUGACCAAGGAAGAUUUUCAGGUCAUUCUUGGAGUUGAGAGAUUCAGGUGUCCUGAAAUCCUGUUUAAUCCAAACUUAGUUGGGAUUGACCAGGCUGGAAUGGAUGAGAUGGCCGGGGUUUCAAUUAGGAGGUUGUCAUGUGACUCUAAAGAUGUCGAAGACAGAUUAACCCAGUCUAUCCUCAUCACUGGAGGGAGUUGUCUUUUCCCGGGUAUAAGUGAGCGUCUGGAAGCUGGAAUUCGUAUGAUACGGCCCUGUGGAUCUCCAAUAAGGAUAGUUAGAGCAUCUGAUCCGGUUCUUGAUGCAUGGCAUGGAGCUUCCAUGUAUGCUUCCGCCUUGCAAUUUCCAUCACAAACAUUCACCCGGAUGGAUUAUUAUGAGAAGGGUGAAGAUUGGCUCCGACGAUACCAGGUGAGGUACUCACUAUAGAUCUUUUAUUAGUGUACAUAGACACUAAUUUAUAUCGUAGACAUUUGUUCUUUGUAUUUAUAAACUUUCUUACAUGAUCUUCUGAGGAAGCUAUUCUGUAUGUCAUGCAAAUGGAUAAAUGAUGUGAGCUGUAAGGUCCUUUUUAUGUUUUUUUGGUCGAACUGUGAAGUCUUUGAGUAGUGGAGAUUAUUAUCACGGGCAA